AUGGCACGUUUUCUAGCGACUUUUUUGUUCACGAGCUAUGUCGGGGCAAAUUUAGCUUACAAGUCAAGGCCGGACCUCGCUGUUCCAGUUCUGAAUAUUACAAUCCCUGCCACAAACGAAGCCUGGGACGGCCUCAUCUUCUAUACACCAGAGAGCAUCUACGCUGACGAUACCAACCAUGGUCCAGCUCAGAGUGGCCCCUAUAUUUACACCGAUAAGGGUGAAUUGGUGUGGACAGGAUUUGGAUUCGUUGGCCCCAGAAGCGAAAACUUUCAGGUCCAUACCUACCGAGGACAGCAAGUGCUGGGUAUCUUCGAAGAUCAGCACGAAUUCCUGUUUUUCGAUGACAACUCCGCCACUUUCACUGUCUUUGACCCCGAAAUUCGCGACCUAACUCCAUACGGUGGGACUGAGAAUCAGUCAUGGAUCCUUGACAAUAAGAUACAGAAAGUGGACACUGAUACCAACCAGCUCUUAUGGGAAUGGAGCUCUCUUGACCACAUUAAUCCCGCUGGAACCAACCUGACAUUACAAAGUGGAAACGCCGGGCUCGGCGUGAACUCGAGCCAAGUUUGGCAUUAUUUCUACAUGAACGCCUUCGAUGUCGACCCGAAGACGAAUACUUACCUGCUCUCUGCUCGAAGCAUGUGUACGAUCUUCAAGAUGGAUGGGAAUACCGGCGAUAUAAUCUGGCAGCUUGGAGGAAAACAUUCUGAUUUCUCUCAAGACUUCGAUUUCUGUUGGCAGCACGACACUAGGAUGCAUCAGAAAUAUCUCCACUACGAAACCAAAGGAUCCAAAGAAAUCAUAUCGUUCUUCGACAACUCCGCUCACGAGAAUCUAAGCGGAGGCCCUAUUCUCCAAACUCGUGCUUAUAGCGAAGGGAAGGUGGUUGAGCUGGAUACUGCAAAGCGUACCGCUAGGCUGAUUGCUAGCUUCCGGGCGCCGGGGGAUCUUUCCGUCAAGUCCCAAGGCAAUGUCCAACUGCUACCAAAUGGGAAUGCAUUUAUUAACUGGGGCUACGACGGUGCCAUGUCUGAGCAUAAGCCCGACGGGACGACAAUAUUCUUCACGGGAUUGGACUCUGGAAAACUUGGCCCUGGAUCGGAGAACUAUCGCGCAUUCAAGUUCGACUGGCAUGCACUUCCGUUCGAGGAGCCGGCUCUGGUUGCUUUCAAAGAGGAAGACUCAGCCGGAACUUCUCUCUAUGUUAGUUGGAACGGAGACACAGAGACCAAGAUUUGGAGAUUUUUCGAGAAGGCCGCCGAUGGCCGGAAAACGCUUUUGGGCCAGACCAAGAGAACCGGAUUCGAAACCACUUUCCGGACUAAUAAACGGCCUAGUCAGGUGGUGGCUGAAGCAUAUGAUGCCCACGACAAACAGCUCGUAUCUUCGCCAGCUGUAAAGACCCGAGAAUACAGAGCGCGCCUCCAUUACCAGGACUAA